AUGGGGCAAACGGAGAGCAUUUCUUGUGUGUAUUGUGGUGAGGGUCAUACUUUUGAUAACUGUCCUUCUAAUCCAGCAGCUGUAUGUUAUAUGGGGAACCAAAAUAGGAAUGGCCCUUAUUCUUAUUCCUACAACCCAUCAUGGAGGCAACACCCUAAUUUUUCAUGGAGUAAUCAAGGAGCUGGCCCUAGUGAUCCUUCAAUGCCUCCAAGACCAAAUUUUCCAUCGAGUUACCCCCCUCAAGCUCCACAACAAAGACCACAACAACAAACAAUGCAAUCUAGCUCUCUUGAGAGCAUGUUGAAGGAAUAUAUAGUGAAGAAUGAAGCCAUGAUUCAGAGCCAAGUGGCUUCAUUGAGGAACUUAGAAAAUCAAGUUGGGCAACUAGCUAAUGAGCUUAGAAAUAGACCCCACGGUACACUGCCAAGUGAUACCGAGAAUCCAAGGAGUAUGGGGAAGGAACAUUGUAAAGCUGUCACUUUGAGGAGUGGAAAGGAGUUGGAGAAGGACAAGACCGAGUCUGGGCAUGAGGGUGAGCCCUCUUCAAUCCAAAUAAAUGAGGAGUUUCAAAAAGAUGGUGAACUUCCUAGUGCACAAAAAUCUGCCUCUGCCCAGGAUACUGCAGGGAUACCGCAGCAUUGUCAACCAUCAAGCUCAAUUUCAAAGAAGCCACCUCCAUUUCCUCAACGUUUUCAUAAGCAAAAGUUGGAUUCUCAAUUCAAGAAGUUUCUAGAUAUGUUGAAGCAGUUGCAUAUCAACAUCCCACUGGUAGAGGCACUUGAGAAAAUGCCUAACUAUGUAAAAUUCAUGAAAGAUAUUCUUACAAGGAAGAGAAGGUUAGGAGAAUUUGAGACAGUGGCCCUUACCAAGGAAUGUAGCUCAUUCUUGCAAAACAAGCUGCCACCGAAGAUGAAAGAUCCUGGGAGUUUCACCAUUCCAUGUACCAUUGGUAAUUCUUAUUGUGGCAUGGCAUUGUGUGACUUGGGUGCUAGUAUAAAUCUGAUGCCUAUGUCUGUGUAUAGACAAUUGGGGAUUGGUGAGGUCCGACCUACCACAGUGACUCUACAACUUGCAGAUGGAUCUCUUGCUUAUCCAGAUGGGAAGAUUGAGGAUGUCUUGGUAAAAGUUGAUAAGUUCAUUUUCCCAAUUGAUUUCAUUGUGUUAGAUUAUGAGGCAGACAGGAAGGUACUAAUCAUUCUAGGGAGGCCUUUUCUAGCUACUGGUAGAACUUUAAUUGAUGUGCAGAAGGGUGAACUUACUAUGAGGGUUCAAAAUGAGCAGGUGACUUUCAAUGUUUUCAAGGCUAUGAGAUUUCCAGAUGAGGUCGAAAGUGUUCUGUGGUUUCAGUGGUAG